ACACACGCACAGCGUGAUCAACAAUAUAAACAUCCUCAUCAACCCGUUGCCGUGUCAACGCGCAACAACAGGCGCAGGCACCACACCAGAACCAGAACCAUGAAGUUGAUGAUGGGCGUGUGGCUGAUGGCCCUGCUGGGCACCGUCCUAGUGGUGACGGCUGCGACAGCAGGCAGGGAGGGCACCGAACGCAAGCUGAACAUCGAUCCCGCGCUGCGCAAUGCGCUCCUGCGGGCCCUGCGCCACUUGAAGGAGCGCCAGGAGGAGGAGCGCCAGGAGCAGGAGCUGCUCGGGGACGCUAACACGACCGAGGAGAACUACGCGACCACCAUCCUGGACGAGCUGCUCGAGGAAAGCACGGCGGCCGACGAGAGCGGCCGACCGAACACCGUCAACUACCACACGUAUGUCGCGUCGGCGUCAGCGGCGGCGGCGGCGGCGGCGGCGGCAUCGGCGACCCCGACGGACGGUAGUAGCGAUGACGGCGGCGAGACACAGGACGAUGUGGCACCGAGCACCGACAACCGAGACGCGAACGAGAUCAUCAAAACGAUCAUCAUCGCUAAACCGAAGACGACGGUCGGGCCGGCCAAGCAGGACGCCGACAACGAGAUCGUGCCGGUAGCGGCCCUCAUAACCGAGGCCCCCGGGACCCCGGUACCGGUACCGGUCGCCGGCACCAGCGUUGCCAGCCGGAGCUCCGCCGGACCUGACCAACCGGCGCCGACGACCUCGAGCGUCCCCAGCACGGAGGCUCCCACCCACAACGAGGACGGCGAAAACAUCGAGCAGGUCAAGUCCGAGGACGUGAAGAUCCAGCAGGCACCGCUCGUCGCAGCCUUCACCGUCCAGCAAGACGGGCUGGGCGUCCCACGGAACGUCAUACCGUUACUGCUGCAGAGCCCGCCGCCCCGACCGACCGAGAGUGGGUCGCUGCCGCCGGCCAGUGGAACCGCUCAGCCCGCACAGCCCGGCGUCCAGGGCGGUGGCUUCAAGUCCACGCUGGUGGUGGCGCCAGUGCAGCCGCCGACGAACCAGCCACUGGUGGCUCCCCCCCUCAGCACGCGGGCGCUCGAGGAGAAGACGCGGCUGCUCGAGCAGCAGCUGAUCGCGCUGCAGAAACAGCAGCGCGCCCAGGAGCAGCUGCUGCGGGCCAAGAUCCAGGGCCAGGAGCAGGCCAUCAUCCAGCAGCAGCAGCUGCUGCAGCACCAGAAGCAACGUCUCGAGGACGAAACGCGUCUGCAACUCCUGCGCUUCGAGCAAGAUCAACGCCUUUUUCGCCAGCAACAACAGCAACAGCAGCAGCAACAGCAACAGCAAGCACAGUUCCAGCAACUGGCCUUCAAGCCACAGCCGCUACCGCUGGCGCUACAAAAGCAGCAGCAGCUACCACAGCUACCGCAGCCACUGCAGGCGGCCCCGCAGCCAACCUUCAUACAGGAGCUACCCAGACCGAUCCCGGCCGUGCAGUUCAUCCCGAGCGUUAGCCUGCCGGGAGGGAAACCGAUCCCGGUCUCGGUGGAGCAGCAACUCCCGUUCAAGGAGGCCGUCGACUUCCAACCAGUGCCACACCAGGGCGGACCAGGACCCAAACCGACCACCUCCGUCGAACAGGUGAAGUCUGUCACCAUCCAGCAGCAGCAACAACCACAUCUGUCCCGCGAUCAGGCACUGCCGCUCAAGCCGUUCCAACCAUUCCACCUGCUCCCGGUGCUGCAUCCGCAGCACGCACCCGGUGCGUUCCUGCCCCCGCUCGCAGGUAGCGGUCCCAGUCCGUUCGACCAGCAGCUACUGCCGCUCCAGCAGCGCCACCGUGUGUUCCGCCAGGAGCCACCGACCGGCAACUUUGGACCGAGCCCGGGGCUACCGCCACCGCAGGCCGCCUUCACCUGGUCUUCGCAGCCCCUGGUGAGCGACAGCCAGAACCUGCAGCACCUGCUGUUCCAGUCCGGCAUCACGGCGCGCUCGGCCGAGGACUUCAACAUCAUCACCAAGGUGCUCGCCCUGAACCACGGCAUCCCGGAGGCUUCGUCGCAGCGCAUGUUCGCCAAACUGAGCCCGGACCAGCAGCGACAGCUACUGUUCCGGAAGUGAGACUGUCAGACUCUGGCGACGACUGGCGACUUUGCUGCGACCCAUAUCCUCCUCGAUUCUGCCAUAUUUAUUAUCACCUCCUGACACUGCACACGUGGCGUUUCAGUCAGGUUCCCCGGGUUCAACCUUUCAUCCAUCCGCCCUUGCUUGCCGCACUCUCGGCAGUCUCGGUCGCGGGCCAACGCCAACGGGUUUCAUUUGGCCUGCCCGUACCCGCACCUUCACAGCGGGAGUUGGCUGACCUGGUCGCGGUGUGGGUCGGUUUCGGUGUCGAAACUGUCGAAUAUACGGUGGCUUAAGGUAAGGUAUGUAGGGUACGCCGCGACGCAAAACCGGACGCACAUACAGGGACGCUUACACACCCGUAGGAGCGUGUGUGUGUGUGUGUGUGUUGGUGGGCUCCUGUUAGAGAAUAUUAAAUUAGAUUUACUCCGACACUGUCAAUCGGGCCCAUCGGUGUA